ACACUAGGAUCUUCUGGACUGAUCUUGCAAGGCAGCUCUCCCACAGUGGCUGUGCCCAGCCAGCAGCAGAACCAUGAGAGCUCCACUCAAGCCUGAUGGCUCAGUCUUGGCCCUUGGACACUCUUUAAGAUCACUUGCUUGCUCACCCAAACUCUUCCCAGAAACAAAAGGAAAUAUGACAUCUCCAAGUGCUUAACUUACGGAAGUGAAGAAACUUCUCCUUUCAGCAGAAGAUUAUCUGUGCACUUCUUUCUUUUUCUCAUCUGUGACAUGGCUGGAGAUAUAGUCUAUGCAGACAUCAAAACUGUGAGGACUUCCCCUUUAGAAUGUUUAUCUCAACCUCAAAAAUCUGAUUCUCACCGUCAUGGAAUUUUCAUGAAAGUUGGAUAUGUAAUGAUCAUCAUCCUCCUGGGAAUAGUAAUUACACUGAGCAUUUUUGUUGUCCAGUUUCAUUCUGCAAGACAUUCAAAAGUGGAUAAUGAUGAAAAAGCAAAACCCUGUGCUGGAGGAAAUAAAUCUGGAAUAAUCACCACAAAAGUUCCUUCUAACUCUUCCACUGUCCAUAAAUCUUGCCCCACAAAAGACUGGAAGCUGCUUGGGGGGAAAUGCUACUGGGUUCCUGAAACUAAGAAAACUUGGAAUGGAAGUCAAGGUGAAUGCACCAAGAAAAAUUCACAUCUCAUAGUGAUUCAAGACUUUAUUGAUAUGAGUUUCCUAUGGCUGUAUCAAAAUUUUUCAGCCUCUUAUUGGAUUGGCUUGAAAACUACACUGCCUGAAGUGGAGUCGUGGACCUGGGUGGACAACAGCUCUUUCAACCUCAAUCAUUUGUUUUUGAUAAACACAAACAAACAAAGGACCCGAAGCAUGAAAUGUGCCACGGUGUCUGGCAGGAGUAUUGUUCUGCAAAAUUGUCAGAAUCACAAUCAGUGGAUCUGUGAACUGAGUGGGUCUUCAUUUCUGUGACUGAAAGACAAACUCUGCAAGAAGUCUGCACUCCCAGGAAAUCCAGAGAGUUGUAUGUGUCCUGGGGGCUGUGUCUAUAUAUGUAUGUCUCCGUGUGUACAUGCUAACUUACGAUUCACGUGAGUAUUGUCCUACUUCUUAGAGGUGUGGGAGGAAUGAUAGAGAAAAUAAAAUUUUAUAAAGAAUGA